GACAAAUAAAAACUUUGCCAGUGCAACUCUUCCCGUCGUCGUCGACAUCCACCCCGGAGCUGUCUGCUCUAAAAGGCCUCAAAGAUGAACCAAACGUUCGCACAUGGCCAAUCGGCGGUGGAUGCGGGAGUUUCCCACGGCGGGCCCAUGUUGCCCCUACCGCUGCCCGCCUCAGUGGGCGGCUCCAUGGGCAAUAUGGGUUCUAUGGGAAGUAUGGGUGGUAUGAGCGCAAUGAGCGGUAUGGCGGGAGUAACAGCAAUGCCGCCUUCGGUUGCUGGGAGACACCGAUUAGAGUGCGCCCCCGGGGCACCCAUUCCGUAUACCAUGCAGUUCGGCCAUCAUAACUGGUAUACCGCCGAUAUCGACUAUUCCUACCCAGAUAGUAAGGCGGACUUUCAUUUUUCGGACAGCAAGAAGUACAUAUGGAAUAGAUCAGAGGGGUGGUACACUGCUUAUCAGGACUACCAGAAUACCGACGCAACAACUCCCGCCACUACGACACCUCAGCAUCACCCUUCGCGAGUGGAGUCCACGUCGUCCGGCUUCUCCCCGUACCCGUCGCCGCACCCCGCUAGUCUCUCUACGACGCCCACGCAUACGGGGUCGGGUAGCUCCCCCGCACUGCCGGGCUCGACGGUGACCGCCGCUACCACCCCAGCUGAGGCCGUUAGUGAAGAUGACGUCAAUGAUAGAAGUGGCUCACCGGAUGACGAAUCGGAGUGGUCUCCAUCAGUGGGCGUCAGUCGAUUGGAGCGGGUAGAUCGCGAGCCCGGAACGCAAGGCACCGUUCACGUACGCAAGAAGCGCAAACCUUACUCGAAACUCCAGACUCUGGAAUUAGAGAAGGAGUUCCUAUUCAACGCGUACGUGUCCAAGCAAAAGCGAUGGGAGCUCGCGAGGAACCUCAAUCUCACCGAACGGCAGGUGAAAAUAUGGUUUCAGAACCGACGCAUGAAAAGCAAACGGAACAGCCAACGACAGCAGACGCAGAAUCGGUCAAGCCAGAUCGCGCUAGCCAACAGCCCCCUGGGGGCCCACACACCGGGACCUCCUGGCCCUCACGGCCUAUCUGGACUCCCUCCCAGCCUGCCUGGCCACGUGACGUCUGGUCAUGUCCCCCUUGGUGGCCAGGUGACGCCACCUAGCACAGGUCCACCACCGCAUACGCCGAUGGGGCAGUUAUGCGGGGGCCCGAGUCUAGGAAUGGGGGUCGGAGUUGGAUAUCCCACACCCGCCGAUACCCAGUCAUCCUCAGUGUAUCCGCCAGUACUCUCCUCCACGUAUCUAUAGGAAUCCGGCAGCUCCUGCAAGAUGUGAACGUUCGGCAGCGCAGCAACUGAACAGCAAGGAAAUGGAAUAGAACCAGGACGAUCCGGAUGAAAAAAGAGAAAAAACUUAAACAAUAGGACGAGAACAUUACAACUGUGGAAAUAAAUAGACAGAAAUGAGCAGAGACUAUGGCAGAUGACGAUGACAAUUGAUAUAUAAAUAUAGUAUAUAUAAGUAUGAAUACAUAUAGAUAUGAGCAGUACGACUAAUCAACAACAACGGAAGAAACAACAACAAUUAUAUGACUGACGAAUGCACGAAUUAUGAGAACCAGGAGAGCAAACGGAUUAAACGAAAAGCGCUGAAGCUGCACAGGAUGCCGUGGUUAGCGUUUGCAAUAAGCUAUUGAAAUAGUGCGGCAAGUGAAGUCUACAAGGGACAAUACUACCAUUAAGGAAUACUGAUUAUGAUUCUGACCGGACGAUGUCGAUAGGCGGAAGAGGCAAUAUGAAACAAUGAACAGCGGUAAAUGGUCAUCAGUUGAUGCAGGCGACGGAUGAUCAAAUCGAGGCAUUGCAAAACGCGAACUAACAACACAGAGCACCAAUACAAUCGUAGAGAUGCAAAUAUCUAAAUGCCUAUCAACACGGAGGGACGUUGCACUCCGAUCCGGAUCGAAGCACCGUAGCAUCAAGCGACGGCGGAUUAUGAUCAGUCUUUGUCAUACUAAAUAAUAACAAUAAAGAACAGUAUGUAUCAUGUCAUAUAAAUAAAGCUUCAUCGUCUCGCCAGUGGUCAUAAUGAUCUGCUUUACCCGACGAGAUCGGAACAGGAACUGCGCGGAAAAUCUAAUGUCGAUAAUGAGAAUAAUAAUAAUAAUAAUGCAAAUUACAGUAAUGAUAAUAAAUAUUAUAAUAAAUGAUGAUGGUGAUGAUGAUGAUGAUGAUGACAAUGGAUAAUUAUAGAAAUGAUAAUAUGUCGAUGGUAACGAAAAUGACAUAAAGACACACCUUCACACAACGAAACACAGACACACAAUGAUAAAAUUAACGGACCGAUGGUAAUGGCAACAUUGACACCAACGAUACAUAACAUAAUGAAGAUCAAAGAUGAAGACGACGAAAGCGGGAAAUACGGUGAAGUAAAAGAUAAAAUUAAGUAUGAAAAACAAUAGGACGAACGUAAAAUAGAACGAUCUACAUACGAAACAGGUGGAAAUAAAUACAACAAGCAACAUGAACAAGAAAGGCUCUGCUAGACUUAGUAUGAUCAUG